GUCGCACAUAACAAGUAUGGCGGCGCCCUCUGAGCUGCUGCUGCUGCUGCUGUCUAGAGCGUCAGGAGAGAAGCGUUGAAACGCGAUUUCUGAACAUUUAUCAUCUAGGUUUUCUGGUCGAACAAGUGAGGAAGCAUUAAAGCCAUUUGCCCUCGAGAAAGAUGGGUUUAGAGCGGUUGCUCUGCGGGGCACUGGAGUGUUACUCCAAACAGGGUCGACUCGUCAAUGUUCAGCAAAAAGUCAGAGUCUUUCAAAACGUGUCGAUGUCCAACAUGGUUGCCUGUGCAGCAGGUCACGGCGGCAGGAUGUUCGUCCUCAAAAGCCGCCGCGGUGUCGCUCACAGGCUGCCGGCUGCUCGCCUCUGCACCUCCGCCCAGCCCUCCAGAGACGUCGUCCUGUUCGAGCACGACAGGACCCGCUUCUUCCGGCUCCUCUCGGUCUUCUGCGGUGGCCAGUUCCUCUUCUGGACAUACCUGGGCCACUUCGCUUACACUGGGCUCAGAGACACCGGUAAAGGGAAGGCCAAGACGUCCACCACCACCGGACUCGCGGGGAUGUGGAGCUUUGAGAUGAACCUGGGGUCAAACGCCUGGAGGUACGGCUUCACGCUGGGGUGCCUGACAAUAGGAGCAUGGAUGGUCGGGCUCGGUGUCCUGUUUUGCAGGCGCUCUGUCAGCCAGGUGGUUUUACAUCAAGGCGGGAGGAUGGUGACAGUCUCCACACAGUCACCUUUGGGACCAGGCCGAGGCCGGAGAAUAACAGUCCCUCUGUCACAGGUAGCCUGUCAUGCUCACAGACACGAGUCCCCCUCAUUCAUCCCCCUCAGGGUCAAAGGACACAAGUUCUACUUCCUUCUGGACAAAGAUGGGACUGUGAACAACGCCAGGCUGUUUGAUAACACUGUCGGGGCUUACCGGCCAGUUUAAGUUGUUGUUCAUGACACUGUUGCUAAAACUGUAUUCCACACCAACACUGAUUGCUUUUUUACAUGGCUGCCAAACAAAUAAGUCAGUUUCAUUGUCUCUCUUCAUUUAAAUAAAAAUCUAUGAGAUCAAA